AUGGCUCUUCAACGCCAGUUCAACUUCUUUGACAAAGUCGAGCUCAAGGAUCCCGAGGACCCCUCAAAGUCGCCUGAAGUCUUCAAGUCUAUCGAGUCGAAUGUAGCGACAAGUGGACGUGGCCAUAUGGUCGUAGCAGACCGGUCGGGACUCGUUCAUAUCAUCGAUAAGGCUCUCCAGGUCGAGUCCUUCCUCGCGUACGACAGUGGGCGCGUCACACACAUGAAGCAACUCAGGCAACGCAAUAUCCUCGUCACUGUUGGAGAGGAGGAGAACGCGGUGCAGGUUAUCAAAUUUUGGGAUCUCGACAAGCCAGACAGGAACAAGCCAGGACCUACGUUGGAGCGGUCAAUUCGCGUGACACAGCAAGGGAACGCAUUCCCCGUCUCUGCACUGGCUGUUCUGGAGAACUUGUCUCAGGUUGCUGUUGGUUUGGCGAACGGAACUGUCGUCUUGAUCUAUGGAGACUUGAUGCGUGAGCGUACCACAGCACAGAAGGUUGUUCACCAAAACGACGAGCCUAUCACAGGUCUUGGCUUCAAGGAACAGCAGAAGGGAGCACUGUUAUAUAUCGCAACGACCGCCAAGGUUCUUUUGUACAACACCUCGACUAAGCAAACACAGACGCUUGAUGACCAAGGCGGUGGACUGGGUUGCGCCGUGAUGAACGAGAGCACGCAGGAACUCGCCAUUGCUCGUGACGAAGCCAUUUUCUUUUACGGACCCGAUGGUCGUGGUCCCGCAUAUGGACUUGAUGGCGCAAAGACAUUCAUCUCGUUUUACAAGUCAUACCUGGUGUUGGUAUCGCCUCCCAACAUUCCUUUAACUGCCACCAGGACAUUCGGCAUACAACCUGCUUCUGUUUCUGCCAACGACACAACUCGCCUCACCGUUGUGGAUACCGCCAACAAGUUCACAGCCUACCAGGCAACUUUCCCGCAAGGCAUCAGGAGCGUCAUUUGCGAAUGGGGAAGCAUCUACAUCGUUGAGAACGGUGGCAAGGUCUACCGUUUAGACGAAAUGGAUACGUCGGUCAAGCUGGAUAUCUUGUUCAAAAAGAACAUGUACCUGUUGGCCAUCAACCUUGCCCACAACCAAAAGUACGACAAUGCCAGCAUCGCAGAUAUUAUCAAAAAGUAUGGAGACCAUCUUUACAACAAGGGAGACUACGAUGGCGCCAUGGGACAGUAUGUCAGAACGAUCGGUCGACUGGAACCUUCCUAUGUUAUCCGAAAGUUCCUUGACGCCCAGAGAAUCUACAACUUGACAUCGUACUUGCAGGAACUCCACUCCAGCGGAUUGGCCAAUGCCGACCAUACAACCCUUUUGUUGAAUUGCUACACCAAGCUCAAGGAUGUCAAGAGGCUCGAUGAGUUCAUCAAGACUGAUAGCGACUUGACAUUCGACUUGGAGACGGCAAUUCAGGUGUGUCGCCAAGCAGGCUACUAUGAGCAUGCUGUCUACUUGGCCGGAAAGUUUGAGGAGCACGACUUAUACUUGACGGUGCAAAUCGACGAUGUGAAGCAGUACGAUCAGGCUCUCGCGUACAUGCGCCGACUUGGACCCAUAGAGGCAGACAAAAACCUCCAAAAGUACGGGAAAGUCCUCCUGACCCACCUUCCAGAACAAACCACGCAGCUUUUGGUCGACCUUUGCUCCGGUUCCCUCGCAAGAAUCGGCUCUUCUUCACCCACACCAGGCACAGCCUCCCCUGUUCCAACUCACACUGCAGGAACUCAUCAUGGCGCUUUCAGCAUGCCUUCCUUUCCCAUGGGAGGUCCAGCUGGCGCGGUGUCUCCACCCGUAUCAUCAUCUGCCAGCCCCAACCUCGCCCAUCAAGCCACCUUCUCGCCUAAACUCCAUGGUGGUGUUCACUCCAAGUACGCGCCACCCUCACCUAGGACGUUUAUGAGUCUGUUUGUGGACCUGCCUGCGUACCUAAUUACAUUCCUGGAAAAGGUCUCGGCUAACCGUUGGCCAGUAGCAACUUCUGCGAGCCAGUCGACCAUGGGCUCUAAUCUCAAGACACCAGCCCCGAAUACCCACUUGAAUAAGCCAGGCAGUAUUGGCAGCUCUAAGAAGACUGUUGUUGGAAACGACAUGACCGAGAAGGGAUCUAUCGGCGGUGCCAGUCGGUUUGGAUUGUCGAAUGAUCAGGACAUGGAGGAGCGUAAGGCGAUCUGGAACACCUUGCUGGAACUUUACUUGGCAGACCCGCCGAUGGCAUCAUCUUCGGGUAAAGGUCAGACCAUGCAUGUGGCAGAGUUAAACCGCAAGAGCAGGGACAGGAUCAUCAAGAAGGAGAAAUGCAUGAAGCUGUUGAACGACACCGAGAUCCCCUAUGAUACCAACCAUGCCUUGGUCCUCUGCCAUAUGGCAGGAUUUGACGAAGGCAUUGUGUUUUUGUACGAGCGUAUGAAGAUGUACACGGACAUUCUUCGACUCUGGAUCGGUCGGGACGAUACUGCCAAGGUGAUGGAAUGUCUCCGCAAAUACGGCCCGCAAGAGCCGUCGUUAUACCCCCUGACACUGUCAUACUUUUCGUCCUCGCCAUCUCGUCUCACGUCAGCAACGCCUGAUUUGUUGAAGGUGUUGGAUCACAUUGACCAGCAGGAUCUGCUGCCUCCACUGCAGGUUGUGCAAGCCCUUUCGCAGACAUCGGUGGCGACGAUUGGUAUGAUCAAGAACUAUAUUGGCCACCGGAUUGAGGCUGAGCGCAAGGAGAGGAUUGAGGACCAGAAGCAGAUCCAGAGUUACCGACAAGAGUCUGAGAAGAAGCGGCGGGAGAUUGAUGAUUUGAAGACGUCGGCGAGGAUCUUCCAAGUGACCAAGUGCAGUGCCUGCGGAGGGUCACUGGACCUGCCUUCGGUGCAUUUCUUGUGCAGACAUUCGUACCAUCAGCGGUGUUUGUCUGAUUCUGCGGAUCGGGAAUGUCCCAAGUGUAUGGUUGAGCAGCGUACGGUUGCCGAUAUCCGUCGGAUGCAGGAAGCCAAUGCUGAAAAGCACGAUCUCUUUAUUUCUGAGCUUGAGGAUGCGGAUGAUGGGUUUGAAGUGAUUGCAAAGUAUUUUGGCAAUAACACCAUGGCCUUUGCAAAGCUGAUCGAUGGGUCGAUCUAA